AUCUUACUGAAGAAGCAAAUUGCCAAUCCUGUUCCGGUGGAAGAAAACAAGGUUUUCCCAAUGGAUUCUUUAGCAAAAUCAAUCAACCAAUUUGCCCUUGAAUUUAGCAAGAAGCUAGCUGAAUCUGCUGAGGGUAAAAAUAUUUUCUUUUCUCCCUGGGGCAUCUCAACCUCAUUGGCCAUGGUGUACUUGGGCGCCAAAGGGACCACUGCAGCCCAAAUGGCCCAGGUGCUUCAGUUUAACAGAGACCAGGACAUCAAAAGUUUUCAUGAAAGUGAAAAGAAAAUGAAAAUGGAAUUCAACUUGGUAAAGGUUGAAGAAAUCCACUCUAAUUUCCAGACACUUAUCUCAGAAAUCAACAAUUGCAGCAAUGCCUACAUACUUAAAACAGCCAACAGGGUCUAUGCGGAGAAAACUCAUCCAUUUCUCAUUAAAUAUUUAGAAGACAUGAAAACAUACUUUGGUGCAGAGCCACAGUCUGUUAACUUUUUGGAAGCUUCUGGACGAGUCAGAAAGGAGAUCAACUCUUGGGUCGAAAGCCAGACUGAGGGAAAAAUCCUGAAUCUCCUACCUGAUGACUCUGUGGAUCCUACAACCAAAAUGGUUCUAGUGAACGCCCUUUACUUUAAAGGAAUCUGGGAACAGCAAUUCUUAGUCCAAGACACCACAGAAAAGCCUUUCAGAAUAAACAAGACUACAAGCAAACCAGUGCAAAUGAUGUCAAUGAAACAAAAACUUCAAGUUUUUCACGUAGAAAACCCACAAGUCAUAGGCCUUCAACUCUAUUAUGAGAACCGCGACCUCAGCCUGCUCAUACUACUGCCAGAAGAUGUUGGCGGGCUGGCUCAGCUGGAAAAGGCCAUCACCUAUGAGAAGCUGAGUGAGUGGACCAGUGCAGACAUGAUGGAGUUGUAUGACGUGCAGCUGCAUCUUCCCAAGUUCAAACUGGAAGAGUCUUAUGAUCUCAAGUCAACCCUGAGCAACAUGGGGAUGAGUGAUGCUUUUAACCCGAGCAAAGCUGAUUUCUCAGGAAUGUCUAUGGACAGAAACCUAUUUCUGUCCCAGGUUUUCCACAAGUCUUUUGUGGAAAUAAAUGAACAGGGUACAGAGGCUGCAGCUGGCACUGCGAGUGAGAUGGUUUUGCGAAUUAGACUCCCCUCCAUUGAAUUCAAUGCAGACCACCCAUUCCUUUUCUUCAUCAGACACAACAAAACCAAUAGCAUUCUCUUUUAUGGGAGAUUCUGCUCCCCAUAAACCCUACAUCUCUCUCCUCAAACAAGAGCAUCCUACAGUGUGAAAAAUACACCAUAACGUGGAAAAAUACAGUUAUAAUAAAAAUCAAUUUGUAGCCUGGAUAUUUUUCACAUAUGAAUAUUAGCAAAAAUAUUUUGAAAUAAUGCAUUCUAGUGAUCCUAUCAUAUCUGUAUAGCUGGUGAGAAUGGCAAAUUUUAUUCUUACCACUUAACAUUUUAUCUUAAUGUGACUUUUAUCUAUAUUUCAGAAAUUCUUUAUUCAAUUGAAUGCCUUACAAUUCUUCAACUAUCUUGUCACUGCAUUUUCAUUGUCACUUAUAUUUCACAUGCAUCAUUUAAUGAAGAAAAAUCUUUAUAAAGGCAAUAUAUUGAUAAACAAGAAUUUUCUCAAGAAUAUUAUUUUGAUGGCUCAAAAAUUGCCACUGUAAAAUUAAACUCCCCUUUUCUGCUGACUAUUCAAAAAUACUUAUGUUGACCUUAAUGGAAAAACUAGUGAAAUCCAAAUGAAAUCUGUAGCUUAGUUAAUAGCAAUGAACGAAUGUUGGCAUCAUGGUUUUAAAAAAUGUACCAUAGGAAUGUUAGAUGUCAGUAUUAGGGGAAACUGUGUUAAGAGUAUGUGAGAAUUCCCUGUAUUAGCUUUGCUGCUUUUCUGUGAAUCUAAAAUUAUUCCAAAAUAAAAACUUUGUUAAAAAUAAUUAUCAUGUGUAAAAGUUGUCAUACUAACAUCCUUGAUUUUAAAAAUCUUAUAAACUAGAAGAGUAAAUCUGAUUUAUAUAAAUAUGUAUUGUUAGUUAUAAGAAGAUAUUCUUAGAAAUACUGUAUUUCCAUAAAAUUAGCUGUGUCUUUUUAAUUUCUUUUACAAAUGCUAAUAGACAACUACUUAUCGGUAGCCUCAUCAGCUGUUAUUCUAAUUUCAGAGAUUAACUGUAUCAUUCAAAGAUGCCUUUUCUAUAUUCAUCAAUAAAGUGAAAGACCU